UUGACAAUUAUUCGCAGGCACUUAAAAUGCUUAGUUAAAUAAAAUUGAAAACUUGUAAACUGUUAAGUUAUAUAUUAGUUUCAUUCUACAUUUGUGAAUUUUGUUUAUAAAACCAAAGUGUUAAAAGAAAAGUCCUAAUAAGGAAAAAGAGAGGUGGAAAUAACAGGAUUUACGUGAAAACCAUGUAUUUGGUUGUUAAUAACAUGUUUGGAAUGCAUCAUCUCAGUCGUUAUUAUUUGAUAAAGCUCCUGCUUCUAAAAAGCAGAUGGAAAACGAUACCAAAGUCUUUUUUUACAAAAAAGAGAUGCCGUGUCGCUUACAGUCGCUUACGUUAUAGGCGCAAUUCCAAAGGUAAUUGAAAGGAUCCAAUGCAGGAGAUUGGAAAAAUUGUAUGCUAAAAUAUUAAAGGUUUUGUCAUAGCAUGGUUCUAUAUAUGAUAAAUAUAACAACAACACAAAAACAGCUGAAAAUCCAGCGAUAUUGUUAUUGUGUACAGCAAUAGCGACCACAACAGCAAUAACAUUAGCGUCUACUAAAACAGAAUUCUUAGUUACUUCAACGGAAUAGCCUGUUGUUAUCAAUAAAUUAGUAGUGCGAAAUUCUGCAGUUUCAACUUAAAAGCCGACAUUAGCUUCUUCUAAACUGAAAACAAAAUCAAUAGCUGUUCCAGCAGCUGCUAUUGGUCCAAAUCCGGCAACUAAAUAGAUAUAUGCUAAUAACCUCUUAAAACGAUGGAUCCUUCCAGUGGAUUUAAAAAUCCAUUUAGUACUCGGCCAUGGAUGACAAAUACAAGUGCGGCUGCUGCAGUUGGUGGUGGUUCGAACGGUUUGAAAGGUAUUGUUGCUGGUGCUAUAACUGGUGGCAUUGAGGUUUGCAUAACUUAUCCGACUGAAUAUGUGAAAACACACUUGCAAUUAGAUGAGAAAGGUGAUAAAAAAAAAUAUGAGGGCAUGGUCGAUUGCGUUAAAAAAACAGUUCAGAAACGGGGUUUCUUAGGAUUAUAUCGAGGUUUGAGCGUACUGCUAUACGGUAGUAUACCAAAGUCUGCUUGUAGAUUUGGAUCUUUUGAAUUUCUGCGUUCAAUUAUGGUUAAUGAGAACGGACAACUUAGCAAUCAAGGGAAACUUUUAGCAGGUUUAGGAGCAGGUGUUUGCGAAGCUAUUGUUGCCGUUACGCCAAUGGAAACUAUAAAAGUGAAAUUUAUAAACGAUCAUCGUAGUGCGAAACCACAAUACAAGGGAUUUGUGCAUGGCGUCGGCACCAUUAUACGUACUGAAGGAAUCGGUGGCAUUUAUAAAGGUCUUACAGCUACAAUACUUAAGCAAGGCUCAAAUCAAGCUAUACGCUUCUUCACUAUGGAAACCUUUAGAGAUUGGUAUAAGGGCGAUGAUCCUAAAAAGAGCAUUCCUAAAUUGAUCGUUGGUGUAUUUGGUGCUAUUGCUGGUGCUGCUUCAGUUUUCGGCAACACGCCUCUGGAUGUAAUAAAAACACGUAUGCAAGGCCUUGAAGCUUCAAAAUAUAAAUCAACGGCGGAUUGUGCUAUGCAAAUGUUGAAAAACGAAGGUGUAACUGCAUUCUAUAAGGGAACAGUACCGCGUUUGGGACGUGUCUGUCUAGAUGUUGCAAUUACUUUCAUGAUUUAUGACUCGUUUAUGGAACUAUUUCGUAAAAUUUGGUAAUAGGGCAACUCAUCACAUAAAUUGGUUCAGUUUUAAAAUGAUUCAAAGAGUAAAAACGAGGAAAUCAUUUAGUAGGCUCAGAUCCCGCAACAAGCAUAGAAAUGGGAAUUUUUAGCAUGUGUGAAUUAAAAAGUAAUUGUGAUUAUACAAACGCAUCACUUAAUAGGUGUGAAAUAAGAAGUUAAUA